GUUAUGGAAAGUUCUAUUAUGCUCAACAUUCUGCUUAUUAUUCUCAAAACAAAAUUUUUAGAAUUUGAGUAUAAUUUUAAAAACGUUGUUUAUUUAAAGUUCUAACUCAUCGAAAGUAUAAAUGGCGGUCGAAUACUGAGUAAAAUUAUAUGUUUAUUUACUAAUACAAAAGUAGAGGGGGAACGUUCUCCAUCACCGGCGUUCAAAUUUUUCUGGACGGGAAGAAUUUCCUGCGUAAAAGCACUAAUGGAUUUUGCAUUGACAAGCUGCUGCUGCUAAAGGUCUGACAGAGGAAGGACGAGGUUUGAAAUUGAGUUCAAGAUGAGAUGUACUAAAAUGAUUGUAAAGACUCGGUCUUCCAACUCUGGUUUUUCUUUUGAUGAUUCAGAGUUUCCUCUAUUGUCAUCUUUUCCCACAGCAUUUGUUUCUUCUGCUUGGCCAAAGCAAGGACCAGCCAGGCCAGUUUCUCGGCACGUGCAACCUACCAGGCCAGUUUCUAGGCCAAAGCAAGAGUCUGCCGGGCCAGUGCAACCUGCUCGGCUAAUUUCUACACCCAUGCAGCAGUCAGCUGCUCUGCUCACGGAAGAUAUUUCUUCUCUGCCAUCUUCUAAAGUUUCACAGAAGAUUUAAUGCAAGUUGUGAUUGCUAAUGUCGGUGAGAAUAGAUAAUUUUGGAAAUGGAGUGCUUUGAAGGUGUCAAGAAAAGGUAAGUGACUAAAUUCAAAAAUUUAAGUUAAUCACAUAUUCAAAACAGGAAGAAACAAGCUCAUAAUGGAAGCAAUAUACUAAAAAUGACUUUUAAUAUAAAUAUAUGAUUGUGUUACUUUAAAUUGUUCUUGUCUCAU